CGCCUGAGCUGAUGUCUGUAGACGUGGAUUACUUCGCAGACUGUUGGUACUACUACUACUUCAGGAUCACAAACAACAUGAUCUGCGCUGGGUCCACUGAUGGAGGAAGAGAUUCUUGUCAGCAGAGCCACAUCAUUCUCAUUUAGAUGCUCAAAACCAACCCAACAAAACAAAGAACGCAGGAUGGACCAAAGGCACUUGUCACCGGAGGAAGUUAAUGAACUGAUCAAUCAGUCCCACAAGGCCAAAGAACAUUCUUACUCUCCCUACAGCAAAUUUAGAGUGGGAGCUGCAGUCAAGACUCGAGACGGCCGUGUCUUUACAGGUUGCAAUGUGGAGAACGCAUGUUACAAUCUGGGAGUGUGUGCCGAAAGAAAUGUCAUUGCAAAGGCCGUGUCAGAAGGUUACAAAGACUUCAUUGCCAUUGCCAUCGCCAGUGAUAUGGAAACAGAGUUCAUCUCCCCAUGUGGAGCCUGCAGACAAGUCAUGAGAGAGUUUGGGUGUAAUUGGGACGUUUACCUUACAAAGACCGAUAAGUCGUACGAGAAGAUGACUGUGGACGAGCUACUGCCCCGCUCUUUUGGCCCCGAUGACCUGUCCAAGGAGAAGGUGUCCAACAUUCCCAGCAAUCACUGAGCUUGGAUUAUAUGACAAGUUAAUUUACAGAAACAUGAGAUGCACUCUGUUUUAGCAUACACACAACCUUCUCUACAUUUAUUCUCAUCUUUGGUAAAGUAUGAGUAAAAAAAGAAAAACAUAUUUAUAUAUAGAAUAGAAGCAUAUCUAGUUGCAAUAGCAUAAUCUCAAACUGAAAACUGUGCUUGAGAAUAAGCGCUGGUCUUUACCUCCCUUACGUUUAAAGCUUAACAUAAAUUUGCCUAAUUUGAAUAGCAUGUUCUCAUGUUUGUUUUUUUUUCCAUGUUGGGGAUCUAAGAUACAACGUACUAAUUUGAAUAGGUAAAUGUCUAAGGAAAAACAAAUUAGUAGUCGAGUUUUUCUAAAGGUUUCAGUGACGCUAUUGUACUGCAAUAAAAGAAAUUGACUUAAAAGUUGUUUUGGACACACCUUUAACAGUAAACACCACUUGUUUAGCAGCAGUUAAAUUUAUGAUUAAUACCAAUUUUUCUGUUGUCUGCCAACAAACAAUAUUUAAAUGUUCUAUAUCCGCAUUAUAAAAAUAUGAACAAGAGAUUUGUUUCAGCUUUGCACCACUGACUCAAAAACAACUGAUGGCCUCUUAAUGUAGAUAAAAAAUAUUUAUUAGUUCCAAGAAGCAAAAACAGAAAUUGAUGCACACAUUUGAAUAAAUAAACAUUUUCUGAAAAUGAGUCCUCUUUCAUUUUCUACAGCUAGACCAGAAAAGGAUGUUAAGGUUUCAGUGUACAGCAAAUAUUAUUUGUUGAGCAGCAAAGGAUUAUUAACAGUUAAGGAAUUAAUCAUCAAGAAAAGUGAAAUAUUUAUGCAGUGGAAAAAAAAAAAACAUUUAUCCAGCAGCGUCUUUUGAGUCUACCUACUUGAAGCUUACACAUUUGAGGUUAAAGGUUAAGAUUUACAGAAAGACAGAAUAAUAUGUUCUGACUGUUUCUCCCAAAAGUGACAACAAAAAAAAAUCAGCUUUUAAAUGAACAUUUCCGAUCGAAUAUUCCUAUUUGAUGUGUAAAAUCUCUUGAAGCAGUUUCAAAGUUGAAAUUUCCAUCAGCUAAAAAAAAAUGAAGGGGAAAAAAAUAAGUUUUGUGAUUAAACUGAAAAGUGUGUCUGGUAGGAAACAUUUGGCAAACAGGUUUCCUCUGACUGGAUGUAAUAACUGCUUAGCAUUGAGGCAGCCUAGUUAAAGUCCUGGCUGGGAUCUGUAAGAUUCAUGAAUUUUAAGGAGCGUUUCAUUGCUGAAAUACCACUAAAGGCUUUAUCGCUGAUUUAGUAAUGGCUUAAGUAAGAUUCAACAUGUGCUAAAUAAAAAGUUAUUGGGAGUUUGAAAUCUGCCAGGGGUAUGAAUAAUUCUGAGCCUAACUCUAUUCCUUCAGACCACAUGCUGAAAAUCGAUCUCUAAAGAGAAGUCUUAAAAAAAAAAAAAA